AUGGAUGCCCAGAAUAGCUCAGCAAUUUCGCCAUAUCAGUUACAACAGCUAAAAGUAAUUCUGCUGUCGAUCUUGCUAACAGGAGGAAUUUUAACCUCUUUUACCCUUUUUAAUAGACACUUAAGGCAGAUCAAAACCGCCAGGGAUAUACCAAGCCAUGUCUUCAGAAAGUCGCACUUAUUUGGCAAAGUCACUUUUGUAGGCGAUGGUGACAACUUCCUCUUCUUUCAUAUGCCCGGAGGUAUUUUGGGUGGAUGGCACUGGCUUCGGGACGUACCUUCUUUGAGUAAAAUAUCACUUGAAGAAUCCACAAUAAGGGCUAAAUCAAAACGCUCAAAUAAGGGAAGGAGAGGUUUCCUAGGUGCAGUGGGGGAGUUUUUCGGGGUUCUACCUAAGAAGUACAAGUUUAGAGAUCUACAAGUUGCUUAUAAAAGUAGAAGAAACUUGCCUACUAUUGCGGUUCGCUUAUGCGGUGUAGAUGCCCCAGAAGCGGGUCAUUUUGGGAAGACUGCACAACCGUUUAGUGAAGAAGCGAUAAUGUGGUUAAGACAUACACUUUUAGGAAGGUAUGUUUGGAUUAAGCCGUUGGCACUUGACCAGUAUGGAAGAUGCAUCGCUACUGUGCAAUACUGGUCUUGGUUCAGGUGGAAAAAUGUAAGCCUGGAAAUGAUCAAAGAAGGCUUAGGCGUCGUAUAUGAGGGCAAAAUAGGGGCAGAAUUUGAUGGCGAAGAAAAACUCUACAGGUAUCAUGAAAUGGUUGCCAAGAAAGCCAAACGUGGAGUUUGGAGUUUGCGUAAUUUCGAGACGCCUGGCGAAUAUAAGAAAAGAUUAAAAAUAAAUGACAAUUAA